UUCCAUGUGUUGUUUGUUAUCGAUUAACAUAACCUGAAAAAUGAAAUAUCUGACGGAACGUAUCAAUUGAACAAUUUCAGUAAUUAUUAGAUCAAAUAGAAUAUAUUCUAGGGAAAAUAAUAUUAUUCUACUAAAACUCAUCUAUUUUAUAUUGAACAAAUGAGUAUGAGCUAUUUUACAAUAUUACGUUUUAAACAGUCGGUAACGUUAAAUAGAUGUUUGCUGAAGAAAUGUUUAAGGCAGUAUUUAAUGUACAACGCAAGUUUAUAUUCCACCGGAACAAAUAACCAUCAUAAAAAUUAUAUUACUAAGAAAGAACGCGUCGCUAGGAGAAGGGCAUUAAGAUUGCAAAUACUUCAAGAUAUUAAACAGACUAAACGGAAAGUAGAAGAAAUUAUAGAAAAGGAAAACAUUUGGACGAUACCAAACUUACUUUGUAUGGCUAGAAUUGUAACGUCGCCUUAUUUAAGUUACAUGAUCUUGUCACAGGAUUACCAGGUAGCACUGUGGUUAUUAAUAAUUGCAGGAUUCAGUGAUCUAGCCGAUGGAUGGAUAGCACGUACUUGGACGUCCCAAGCAUCUAAGCUUGGUAGUUUUCUAGACCCGGUUGCAGAUAAAUUACUAGUAGGUACGUUGUUCCUUUCGUUGGCCUGGGUAGGACUGGUUCCUAUUCCUUUGGCAUGUCUUGUCGUCGUAAGGGACGUUGCCUUAGUUUCUGCCGCUUCGUAUAUUAGAUAUCGAUCUUUACCACCGCCGAAAACCCUUGCUAGGUACUUUGAUCCUACGCAUGCGACGGUACAAUUAGCUCCAACAUAUAUAAGUAAAAUUAAUACCGCUAUUCAGUUGUCUUUUGUUGCUGGGACAUUGGCUGCUCCUAUAUUUCAUUUUGUAAAUCAUCCAAUUUUAGAAGGUCUAUGUUACGUUACAGCAUUAACAACAUUAGCAGGAGGUAUUAGCUACCUGAUAUCAAAAAAUACGUAUAAAUUUUUAAGUAAAAAAAACUCGACAAAAUCGUCUCGCUAAGUGAAUUUGUAUAUAAUUAAUAAUAUCAACAAAAUAGAACAUCGAUGCUAUGUUUAGAUUUAUUACUUGCUUUCUUUAAUAAAUGUUAUUUAAAUAUGUACUGUAUUUAACAAUGAAACGAAUAACAAUAUUUUUAUUUGGU